CUGGUAACAGCUGUCCCUCCCAUGGUCUCUCCUGGUUUCACAACAAUAAAAACUGCGCAACAGCCUUGAAAUCGGCAAGACUUUUUCAAGUGAAGUACAUUUGUUUAGGUUUUUCUUCUACUCUGACAGACACAACAUUCUACAGGAGCCAGCAGGAUGUCUGUGUCCAUGACCAAGGGCGAUGGGAUCACAGUGUUCACUGUGACCUCCGACCCCGAAAGUGUUUAUCCUCCUCUGUGCCAAAUCCUUAAAAACCUUUGCUACAGCCCGGUGUGCUGCUCUGUGUCUCAGCACCUGAGAAGGGUCCAGAGAAGUUCUCAGUCAGUACUGGGGGCUCUGCACAUUAUGGUUGGGUUGCUCCACAUCGGCCUUGGAACGAUACUCUUUUGCAUUGACAGGGACUACUUUUGGUCUCUGAUAAGUUCAACCGGAUUUCCUUUUUGGCUUGGAGGAUUGUUUAUUUUGUUUGGCACCAUUGGCAUUUUGUCUGAGAAGUACCCCAGUCCAUGUCUGGUCAUCAUCAAUGUGAUCCUGAAUCUAGCGGGAGUUGCUUUUGCCAUUACUGGCAUCGUACUCUACAGCAUAGAUAUGGCAAGCAUUUACACGUGGUGGAUGUGUAGGAAUAACGGCGAUGAUUACUACUCAUCCUACAGGAGACAGACUACAACUCCCUCUCCUGGGCAGGACAUCAUGAAGGAGAAAUGCUUGGAGGUCAAAGAACUGACUCUGAUGCUUUUGAGAAGCUUGGGUGCUGUGCUGAUUGUCCUGUCAACCCUGGAGCUCUGCCUCACCAUCAGCUCUGCCGUCAUGUCGAUCAAGGCUCUAAAGAGAAGUCAGAAGGGAGAAAAGGAGAAGACCGGUGACCCAGAAUGCUACAAACCACUGCUGGAGGAAGUCACCAGUAACCCCGCAGUCUGAAUGAAAAUAUCUGCUUUGUGCUCUGAGCUACAACGUAUAAUCCUGUGCAUUACCAUUGACUGUAUAUCUAUUUAAUGUCAAUGAUUUAGUCAAAUUUAGGUGGUAUGCUUAAAAACACUGAAAUAUAGCACUUAUAUUUGGAUGAGUAUGAUUUUCUAUCGAAUAAUGUGCCUUACGGUCAGCUUGUUUAGGUUAAAGGGAAGUUCAUGAAUGUGAGUAUGUGACAUUGAUGGACAAAUAUGUUUUUUUGUUUACUAUUUCACAAUAUUAAGUCGUGUUAAAAAAAGUCCUAAAUGUUGACUGUUGUUUGUGCUUCUGCUGUGUACUUUAUAAAAAACCUUAAAACCAGACAUAACAAUGUAAUCAGUUCCAUAACUAGUUGUGCUCUUUGUGUACGAAUAAUAAACCGUAAUCAUUAAAGUACUCAUAUUAUGC